UCGUAGAUUAAAGCAAUCAUAGAGCUAAGUUUCGGGGUUUUGUUAGUCAAAAUUCGUAUGUUUUGGGGUAGAGAAGCUGGGAGCUCCUUGGAAAAUCCAACUCAAGAGAAGUACGACUGUGUUUCACGUGAUGAAAGACAGCGUGAAUUGGUCAAACGGCGACUUCUUUUUUGGGCAGGACGACUUGAGCUAAUGCCUCAAGAGGUGGCGGAAAUGUCGCAGCUGGAGCUCAAUCGGAGGCUGAAAAUUAUCAAAAAGGAAGAGGAUGAUUUUGAAUGGCGAAAGGCACAGUUUGAGCGUUGGAAAGAGCUGCACAAGUUAAGAUAUCUUAUGUAUGAAGAGCAACGAAAGUACAACGAGCGUUACGGACCCGGUGGAGUCUCCAUCUGGACAAUCCUAGCUGUGGCUCAGCAGGAACUGGAGAAGAAACUCCAAAUAGACCGUAUUCGAGGCAGUUGUCAACGUUUUCCCUCGCCCAUGACCCUAAUGGCGGAGCAACGAGAGAUUGGUGGCAGGCAGAAGUUACUGGAACCCCUGAGAUCAGUUCUCAGUGGUUAUAGUACAGAGAGUGAAGAGGAAUUCGAUUCAGACGAAGAUCUGGAGCUCAGGAAGGUCACUAGGUACUUGCCUACGCAGUGGCCAAAGCAAGAGAAUCGUAAACAUGUCCAGUUUCUAGCUUCCAAUGCAAAGAAAUCCUUGGAAUCCUGUAAAGAACCCUCCAACGAAAAAUUCAAUCUCCAUGCGAAAAGUGAAGAUUCAUUUCAAAGCGUUUGCGAAACUUCGAAUCUGGGCUACUGUCCUCUUUGCAACGAAAGACACCUGCGAUUGCCACCUCGAUUUUAGCCAGGCUUUAAUAAAUCAAAAGGCAUAGACCAGUAAAAAAUCCUG